AAUGCAAAAUGCAAUAGCACAUACAACUUUUUUAUCGAUCGAAUAGGAAACAAGUGAACAACGUUGAAAACUCGAAGAACAAUGGGGCUUCUUGCAACAAUUGCUAGACAUCUAGACACACUAAUCGGGCCCGGAGUAAUGCUUGUUUUCCCCUUGUACGCGUCAAUGCUUGCAAUCGAGGGCUCUACAUCAGAAGACGAUCAACAAUGGCUCACAUAUUGGGUUUUAUACUCGUUCAUUACCCUCUUCGAGCUUUCCUUUUGGAAAGUUCUCCAAUGGCUUCCAUUUUGGCCCUACUUGAAGCUAUUGUUUUGUAUGUGGUUGGUGCUACCCGGGAUCAAUGGGGCAGCUUAUGUAUAUGCAAAUAUAGCAAGGAAAUAUGUCAAAGUUGGGAGUCAAGUGAGUUCAAAAUACCCCGAGGGACAGCGGAAAGUCCUCCAAAUGAUGAGCCUUGAUGCGCGAAGAUCUGUGGAGCGUUACAUUGAGAAAUAUGGACCCGAAGCAUUUGAUAGAGUUGUCAAAGCGGCUGAGAAGGAAGCAAACAAAAAGUAAGAACCAUGGGCUUUUCUAUUUCAAGUUGUCCCUCUUAUUUUUAAUUUUUAUUCUGUGGGAUUAAAAAUGUGAAAGAUUCUAUUAGUGUUGUUAUUGUUUUUAUUUUUAUUUUUAUAAUAUUGUGUUUUACCAUUAUUGGUAGAAUCAUGAUAAAGAGGGUUGAAAAAUAUUGAGAUUGAUUAUUAUGUUUAUUGGUGGCAGAUAUUAUUAAUUUAUGAUUUUCUUU